ACGUCAUUGCAGCGCAAAUAAUUAUAAUAAUCGCAACAACGAUAAUAAUAUAUUUGCAACUCUCAGAACAGUUGAUGAUACUUUCAUGCACGGAAUUGAUGAGGUAAAAGAUUUUUUUCAAGUGAUAGUCAAAGAAGUUGAAGUAGUAGUAGUUGUAAUACUGGUUUUGGAGGAAGGAAAUUUCGUGAGAUAAAAAAUGAUGCGAUGCAUUCUGUAGUUCAGACUACUAUAGAAGGUCAGCAAGUAAUGUUGUGAGUGAAUGUAAAGAUCAAAUUUCAAUAAAAUAAAUUUUGUUGCUAAAAUCCAUUUUAAAUAAAUACUCUUCUCUAAUAUAAACUAUAUUGAAGAGUAUUAGACUCAACAUGUUAUUUAAUAGACAUAUUUUGACUUUUGUCAUUUUUUACUUCUUAAGAGUAGCAAACACAAAACGUUAUGAAGGUGAUUCGUGUACCUUAGAUGAUGGUACACCAGGAGAAUGUAAGGACUUGAUAAACUGUCCAAAAGUUUAUGACGAUUUAUUAUCAGGAAAAUUGCCACAAAAAUAUAUGUGGAUACAACAACUAUGAACCAAUUGUUUGUUGCAAUAGCAAUAAAAGAGUAUCUACAACAUGGUCUCCACCAACGACAACGACGAGAAAAAAUACAGAGUUUGAAUGGAAACCUCUAGGGUCAAAUACACGUAGACCUACUAGAAGACCUUCUACCACUUCGACUACUACUGAAUUUUAUACUCAUGAUGAAAGUGGCCUUUUCCCUAUGAGCAAUCAGAAUAGCAAUAAAAACAAUGGCCAUCAAGAGAUUAGAAGAAAAGUGGGCGAUUUAGCUAAAGAAAAAUGUGCAGAAUAUGCAAGUUUGGUAUAUACUACAGUAAUUCCACCAACACUAACAGGAAAUCGAAAACCUGUGAAUGAAUCAACAUGUGCAAUAAAAUCUCAAAAACUAAUUGUUGGUGGUAAAAAAGCUGCUCCAAAGGAAUUCCCUCUUAUGGCUGCUGUAGGAUUUAAUAGUAAUCCUGAUAAUGAUGUAAAUUAUAAACCUGGGAAAAUUAAUUGGUUGUGUGGUGGAACCCUGGUAUCUGAUAAAUUCGUUAUGACUGCAGCUCAUUGCAUUUAUUCAAUCGACUAUGGAUACGCAUCUUGGAUCAGAGUUGGUGAUUUAAAUUUAGAAAAAAGUGAUGAUAAUGCGAGACCUCAAGAACGUAAAAUAGUUGAAAGAAUUUCUCAUCCUGACUAUAGGAAACCACUUGAAUAUCAUGAUAUUGCAUUAUUAAGGAUGGAACGACCUAUUGUUUUUAAUUCUUGGGUCAGACCUGCUUGUUUAUCAACAAAUACUAUUCCAACAUCCUCAGAAUAUGGAAGAGUUCAAGAGACCAAAGCUCUUGCAAUUGGUUGGGGUCGAGUUGACUGGGCUGAUGAAGAAGGGUCUAAUGAUCUUCUCAAAGUGACUCUUCCGAUUGUACCUCACAAGAGAUGUAAUGAAAGUUUUAUUGGUGGUGUUGCUGACUACAAACUUAAAUUUGGAAUUGUAGAUCAAUGGCAAAUGUGUGCUGGACAGGAAGGUAAAGAUACGUGUCAAGGUGACAGUGGUGGGCCUUUAGUGGUUUUCAGUAAUAAUCACAAAUGCAUGUAUGAUGUAAUUGGUAUAACAAGUCUUGGCCGAUUAUGUGGUAGCAUAGUUCCAGGUGUUUAUACUCGAGUUAGUAAUUACAUAUCAUGGUUAGAAGAUACCAUUUGGUCUAAUUAAAUCAAAUUAUAUAAUUUGUUGAUAAAAUGAACAAGUAAUAAUUUUAAAACGUAAUCAUUAUAGUAUUUACAUAAAUGACGUUUUAUUCUGCAAUUCCAUUUAUUACUCUGUAUUCUUCAAACUCUUUUUGAUACAUUUUUUAUUAUUUUUAACUAUUUAUUUAUAAUUAAAAUCAAUUCAAGCCAAUCACAACAUAACAAGAUAUUUUUUAAUUAUAUAAUAUAAUAUAAUAUACUAUAAACCCUCAAUUUAUAGAAAUGUAUUGAGUUUAAA